UUGAAAAAAAAUAUUUAUACACCCCAAGAACUGAUUUUACACUUUUAAAUUAAUAAAAACUUAUCGAGUGACUGCAAAUGAUCAAGUACCAUGAUUUUAUUCUUACACCAACAUGUUCUCUGCGACCAAAAUCUUACUAUACGUGUUCGGGAGCAUAAUAAUAAUUCUAGGAGCAACCAUCACAGUAAUUUGGAAACCACUGCUGAACCACAUAAUCGAUUCUAGACUGGUCUUGGCAAAAUGUUCAGAAACUGAACGAAUAUGGAGCAAUAGUUCGGUUCCUAUUUAUUUCAAAGUGUACAUGUUUAAUUGGACUAAUCCAGAAGAAACAUUGGCCAAAAAACAGAAACCAAAUUUUGUUGAAAUGGGACCUUAUACGUUCAGGUUUACUCAGAUGAAGUCCGAUAUUGUUUGGAAUAGCAAUUAUACGAUAACAUUCAGAGCUGAUCGAAUUUGGAGUUUUGCACCAGAAAUGUCCAACGGCAGGCUUUCUGAUCGUAUUACGAAUAUAAAUGCUGUUGCGAUGGUUGUGGGUGAUCGAUUCAAAGACAAUAUGUGGAUCACCAAAGUAAUGAUAAGCGGUUUCCUAGAAUUACUGGAAAAGCAGGUUUACAUCACGAAAACUGUGGAAGAAUUGCUGUUUCAAGGCUACGAAAAUCAAGUUCUAUCCAUUGGAAAAACUCUGAAAGAAUUGGGAAUUGACGUAGGUCAUCUGCCAGAUAGAUUUGGAUGGUAUUUCAACAAAAAUGCGAGCGAAAUAAAUAUUUUCAACAUCCACACGGGUGCUGACGACCUCAAUAAUUUAGGCAGAGUACGUUCGUGGAAUUACAAAACUCAAUCGGAAAUUUACACAGAUCGAUGUGAUCGAAUACGAGGAUCUUUAGGAGAUCUAUGGCCAAAAAAUAUCAGCAAUGAAGAUUCAACUUCUAUAUUCAUAUCCGAUUUUUGCGGAUCAUUCGAGUUAAUUAAAUCAGGAGCCCACAAAUUACACGGAGUCGACGCAGUCCGAUUCAUAGGCACUGAAAAAACAUUCGACAAUGGCAAAGUAUACCGAGAAAAUCGUUGCUAUUGCAAAAAUAACAAAUGCACGCUUCCAUCAGGGGUCAGAGAUAUAUCAGAUUGUGUACAUGCGCCUAUUUACAUAUCGUUUCCACAUUUUUACUUGGCCAAUGAGAGUUACAGAAGGAGUGUGGAUGGAAUGAAUCCGGUGGCUGGAAAACAUCAAUUUUUCGUCACUGUACAAAAGGAUUCGGGAAUGGUGAUGGAAAUAUUUGCAAGAUUACAGAUUAAUAUUAUGGUCGAACCUUAUCCUAGUUUAGGAUUUUUCGCCAACCUACCAAGAAUGAUGGUCCCCACAGUGUGGUUCGAAGAAUACAUCGAGAUGCCCGAAAAUCUCAAGACUAAAAUUAAGUUGGCUUUUAAUUUAGCGCCAUUUCUGCUAUCAGUUUGCGGAUUCAGUUCAGUAAUUAUUGGAAUAGUGCUAGUACUUUGUGGAUGUAUUUCUUCAAAAUUACAGCGCCAGAAAUGAAUAAAUUUCACUUUUUAUGGA